UGGGGCUAGUGUGCUUGUGUUUAGUUCUCAGAGAUAGUCAAAUAGGAUUCCUUUGGGAAGGGACACAAAUCACUCCCAUUUUAACAAGAGGAACAACACGGGAUUUGUCUCCACAAGGGUCCUCCUCUUCUUGAUUUCUUAUUCAUUUCCAUUUGACAGAUAAUUGGAAAAAAAGGAAACAAAGAGAGAGUAAAGGAAGAAAAAACUUGUCAGGGGAUGAAGACAUUUGAUCUAGAACAAUCUGAAAGCUCUAGUUGAUCCCACUGACACCAGCGCUCGCUCAUAGAGCAAGUAUCCCCAAUACAGGAGCGACAUCGUCAAAAACCUCGAGCGAGAUUUUGUUAAUUUGCGCCGUCUUGCGUUUCGCUAGUUUGUCUUUUGAUCUCCGUUUGAAGUGAUUCUGUCUAUGAGGCACCUGAAUUUCGAUACCUCGUCUUUGGACUCUUUUCGUAUUUUUCUCUUGGUUUGAAGUAAACAGACAGACACACUGUCACUGGCAUCAACGCGGACCCAGCACCAUCCCACGCCCACGCCCGCCUUUUACCUGUGAUUAGAGACAACUGAUUUUGGGACACUCGGUAAACAGAGAGAGAGGGAGCGCGAUUUUGUAAUGUUUGGGAUUCAGGAGAGCAUCCAGAGGAGUGGGAGUAGUUUGAAAGAGGAACCCAUCGGGUCUGGGAUGAACGCAGUUCGGACAUGGAUGCAGGGAGCCGGGGUGUUGGAUGCGAACACGGCCGCACAAAGUGGAGUGGGUCUUGCCCGGGCUCAUUUUGAGAAGCAACCGCCAUCAAAUCUUCGGAAAUCCAACUUCUUUCACUUCGUUUUGGCUCUAUAUGACAGACAAGGACAGCCAGUGGAAAUCGAAAGGACGUCUUUCCUCGGUUUUGUCGAGAAGGAAAAGGAAUCCACUGGUGAAAAGACUAACAACGGGAUACAUUAUAGACUGCAACUUCUCUACAGUAAUGGCAUCAGGACAGAGCAGGACUUUUAUGUGCGACUCAUUGACUCCAUGACUAAACAGGCUAUUGUUUAUGAAGGGCAAGACAAGAACCCUGAGAUGUGCCGAGUGUUACUGACACACGAGAUCAUGUGCAGCCGCUGCUGUGACAAGAAGAGCUGUGGCAACCGCAAUGAGACCCCGUCUGACCCCGUCAUCAUCGACAGAUUCUUCCUGAAGUUCUUCCUGAAAUGCAACCAGAACUGUCUGAAGAACGCGGGGAACCCACGGGACAUGCGCCGCUUCCAGGUGGUGGUGUCUACUACGGUCAGUGUGGACGGACAUGUCCUAGCGGUCUCUGACAACAUGUUCGUCCACAACAACUCCAAACACGGCCGCAGGGCUCGUAGGCUGGAUCCUUCGGAAGGUCCGUCUUACCUGGAGCAUGGUAGGCACCCUCUCACUUUUCUACUCCACCACCACCACCAUGUGUUGUUGAUGCUCAGCCACCACCAUGUGUUGUUGAUGCUCAGCCACCCCCACCAUGUGUUGUUGAUGCUCAGCCACCACCAUGUGUUGUUGAUGCUCAGCCACCACCAUGUGUUGUUGAUGCUCAACCACCACCACCAUGUGUUGUUGAUGCUCAGCCACCACCAUGUGUUCCACCACCAUGUGUUGUUGAUGCUCAGCCACCACCAUGUGUUGUUGACGCUCAGCCACCACCAUGUGUUGUUGAUGCUCAGCCACCACCAUGUGUUGUUGGUGCUCAACCACCACCACCAUGUGUUGUUGAUGCUCAGCCACCACCAUGUGUUGUUGGUGCUCAGCCACCACCAUGUGUUGUUGACGCUCAGCCACCACCAUCAUGUGUUGUUGAUGCUCAGCCACCACCAUGUGUUGUUGAUGCUCAGCCACCACCACCAUGUGUUGUUGACUCUCAGCCACCACCAUGUGUUGUUGAUGCUCAGCCACCACCAUGUGUUGUUGAUGCUCAUCCACCACCAUGUGUUGUUGAUGCUCAGCCACCACCAUGUGUUGUUGACACUCAGCCACCACCAUGUGUUGUUGAUGCUCAGCCACCACCACCAUGUGUUGUUGAUGCUCAGCCACCACCAUGUGUUGUUGGUGCUCAGCCACCACGACCAUAGCAGAGCCCAUCCAUCUCCAUAUCCGCUUGUUAAUGGAGCCUUUACAGGCAGCAUCACCCAGCCCUCAUUUCCCAGCCCCCAGCCCCCAGCCCCUAGCCCUCAGCCAUCAUUCCCCAGCCCCCAGCCCCGACCCCAGGCCCUAGCCCCCAGCCAUCAUUCCCCAGCCCGAACCCGACCCCCAGCCCCGGCCCUCAUUUCCCAGCCCCGACCCCCACCCCCCAGACCCGGCCCUCAGCCCCCAGCCCGAACCCCAGCCCUCAGCCCCAGCCCGAACCCCAGCACUCAGCCCACAGCCCUGACCCUCAUCCCCCAGCCCCCAGCCCCGAACCCCAGUCCCUUCUCCUUACUACACCACACACUCCCCUCACCCCACACUCCCCCUCACCCCACACUCCUUAUUACACCCCACACUCCUUACUCCACCCCACACUCCUUAUUACACCCCACACUCCCCCUCACCCCACACUACCCCUCACCCCACACUCCUUACUCCACCCCACACUCCUUCCUACACACCACACUCCCCUCACCCCACACUCCCCCUCACCCCACACUCCUUAUUACACCCACACUCCUUAUUACACCCUACACUCCCCCUCACCCCACACUCCUUACUAAACCCCACACUCCUUACUACACCCCACACUCCCCCUCACCCACACUCCUUAUUACACCCACACUUCCUUACUCCACCCCCACACUCCUUAUUACACCCCACACUCCCCCCUCACCCCACACUCCCCCUCACCCCACACUCCCCCUCACCCCACACUCCCCCUCACCCCCACACUCCUUACUACACCCCACACUCCUUCCUACACCCCACACUCCCCCUCCACCCCACACCCCACACUCCCCCUCACCCCACACUCCCCAUCACCCCACACUCCUUACUACACCCCACACUCCCCCUCACCCCACACUCCUUACUCCACACCCACACUCCCCCUCACCCCACACUCCUUACUACACCCCACACUCCCCCUCACCCCACACUCCUUACUCCUAUGCGUAUGACGAAAACAUGAAUUGUUAUAAGAUUAUCUUCCAGCACUCUAACCGUUCAGUAUUGUGCGUGUGUGUGUCCUCAGCUCUGAAUGAACCCACCAUCGACUACGGUUUCCAACGACUACAGAAGGUCAUCCCUCGGCACCCUGGGGAUCCAGAACGCCUUCCAAAGGAAGUGAUUCUGAAGAGGGCAGCAGACCUCGUGGAGGCUCUGUAUGGGAUGCCUCACAACAACCAGGAGAUGAUUCUGAAGCGUGCGGCGGAUAUAGCGGAGGCUCUUUACAAUGUUCCCAGAAACCACAACCAGUUGAGCGGCCUGGGCAACAGCUCCGUCCACGCAGGCAUGAUGGGGGUCAACUCCUUCCCUGGCCAGCUGGCCGUCAACGUGUCCGAGUCCUCCCAGGGAGCCAAUCAGGGUGAGGGGGCGGGUCGAUACGGGUGUGGCGCUAUCGUCAUAGAAACCGGUUUCAGUCGGAACACGAGCAGCGUGUCUCCACAUGGCUAUGUGCCCAGCUCCACCCCCCAGCAGAGUAACUACAGCUCUGUGACCACCAGCAUGAACGGCUACGGCAACACUGGCAUGUCCAACCUGGGAGGAUCCCCCAGCUUCCUCAACGGCAGCGCUGCCAACUCGCCCUACGCCAUCGUUCCCUCCAGUCCCACCAUGGCGUCCUCCACCAGCCUGCCCUCUAACUGCAGCAGUUCCUCUGGGAUCUUCUCCUUCUCCCCUGCCAACAUGGUGUCGGCCGUCAAGCAGAAGAGCGCCUUCGCCCCUGUGGUGCGACCUCAGACCUCACCCCCACCCACCUGCACCAACGGCAACGGUCUCCAAGAUCAGUCUUUUGUGGACUCUAGCAAGUACUCCACAGCCAGCUCGCUGCAGGGCCUGGCCUUUUCCUGAAUGAUUCCUGGAAUGAUCGUUCCUCCCAUGUAAGCGAUGUUUGGGUAUGAGAGGAAAGACUCAGGCGUGGAUCUCAGCAUGUACCCAAGGCUCCAGUUUAGGACUGGUUCGUCAGUCCUACGUUGAAGGAAUAGAACCCGUAACUCAGGCCCUUUUUUAAAAGGAAUCACAUUUGAACUUUUAAAAGGAGAAAAAAUCAAUAAGAAGAAAACGCAGCAUUUACAACAACCUCUUUGGAAUUCGUAAGAGUUGAACGCAAGGUCACAGAUUACCCAGAAAACCCAACCCAGCUAAACAUGAAUUUUAUUUAUUUGGGAGAGGAUUGACUUAUCCUUUUAUUUAGUGUUUUACCUUUGUGCAAAACACUAUGUUUUUCCCAUCUUCAAUGUGUAAUAUACACAAGUGAAAAUAUGAGAGAUUUUUUAUUUAUGAAUCUGAAAAAGAUAAAUUAAUAAAUUGUUUGAGAAUGAUAGAAGACAUUAAAAUGUGAGUUAAAUAGUAAAGACUGAAUUAGAUUUAUACAAUUGCUGUACUCAUGAAUCAAGAUUAGCCAAACCAGACAUUUAGACAUUUGUUUGGUACUACAGUGUGCUGGAUAGAGACGAUGCCACAUUCCCUAACUAACCCUAAGGCACAGAAAGACACUCUAGGUAGCACUAACCAUGCACCAUUGCAGAAACUCUCUGCUUUCGAGUUCUUUUGGUCGCUGAAAACAGCGCCUACUCAUUUCUCUCCCUCUCAUGCAGAGAACUUCAUCUCUACGACUAGAAUCGUUCACUCGGCACCACAGAAAGCAAGUGAUUUAUCCAUGAUGACACAUAGCCGGCCAUUCACUCCAUGUUGGCUGUAAGUGUACCGAUCGUGUCCAAGCUCCUAGGUGGUUGUCAGAGUUAGAGAGCAGAGCCUGAACCUGCUCUGGAUACCAACAGUGUCUCUACUGUGUGGUUGGUCUAUUGGACCGCAAUCUUGCUGUGGAGCCGCUCAGCAGUGCCCUGUAACUGUACAUUAGAAAACCUCUUGUUAAAGUGUUCUCUCUCUCUCUCUGCCAUCCACCAUGAAAUCUCAAUGAAGGAAACCAUAUGUUUUAAAAGGAUGUCGCCAUUUCACUUUUGCUAUAUUGUGUUGAGUUAUUUUUCUUUGUAUGAAUUAUUCCUUGAUAGUUUUUGGUUUGUUGUGUUUCUCACCAUGAUACUGGGGUCAUGGGGGUCAUGGGGGUCAUGGGGGUCAUGGGUCGCCCAUUCAAAAUGUUUCUCUUGUUCCUCCUUGUUACCAUACAACAGUUGAGGAUCUGAGAUAGGUCAAACUGGGAGACACUUUAUAGACAGACUAAUGAGUCAACAUGAGGUGUUUAGUGGUGUCCCAGUCGACGUGGUGAUACAUGGAUUACCCAGCACUGUAACAGUGACCUAAUCCUCAGAUGCCCAGCAAAACAUAUCUGAAUCCAAUCUUUUCAAUUGUCUUUCUUUCUCCCCUUUUUCCCGUGUGAUGUGUGUUUUUGUAUAUAGUAAUACAUGUAUGUGAUGUUUCUUUUAAUUUUGCCAAAGUCAUUGUUUAAGAUAUAUUUAUACAGUUAAAGAAGUCUUAUGGCAGCUUGAGUGUCACGGAUGUCAUGUUUACUACAUACUCAAAAUGAUCCCAUCAACUUUAGCUCGGAGAGUUUAAAUAGUUAAGACGGGAGAAACAGAAUGUUACCUAUCCACAUUAAUAAUGUACUAUCUCUCCUCAAUUUCUACAUCUUCUUCCACAUCCUUCAUGUGUAUGUUUGCAUUUUGUGACAGUGCCGAUCAGUGUUUUUAUUUGGUUGUCUACCGUGUUCUGUGUUCCGUGUUCCGUGUUCCGUGUUCCGUGUUCCGCGUUCCGUGUUUAGGUGUGAUUUUGAUACAUUACAUUUUUUUUACGUUGUUGUUUUUCUUAUGUUGUUUUAAGCCAUACUUCCAUUUUCCAUCCACCCUAAAAGACAUUGUCUAUUUUUUGUAUCAUUUUGGAAGUUAAUGAAAAAAAAAAAAAUGUGUCUUGAUUUUGCAUUUGUUUUAUCAUAUGGUAAAGGUAGUAUAUUAUUCUUAUAGUAAAGAGAUUAUAUAAAGUAUAUCAUUUGAAUUUCUUCUUUGCUUAGAUUUUUUGGGGCUUAAAAAAACCCGUAUACUGUUUAAAAACAAACAUUAGGCAUGUGGGUUCUCUUUCUAGCCAUGCAUUUGUGUGCUGAAAGCAGGAAGACCAUUUUUGGGGGGGG